CCGUCAUGUGAUACUGACAUUUAUUAACGAGGCCUUUCAAAUAGGCAUGUGACGAAUGUGAAUUGUUUCCGUAAAUAUGAGGGCGCAGUUGCUGUAGAUUGGACAAAUGUGAAGCCGCAGGUAAAGAAACACAUUUGCUGUAGCACCAACUGUGGAAUGGAAGAAAGAAAAACCAAAAGGAGGAGUCCCAAAACAUCCAGCACUCAUGUCACUCAGGUGGUCAACAGUAAGAAAAGUUCUUUGCCUCCUAGUAAAAGUACUGCCUUUUCAAACCCUGCACCACAGCCGCCUUUGCAGAAACCAAAGCUGAAAAGAGGCAUAAAAGAGAGAGCUAAACCACUCGGAGCAGAAAGCAAAGGAGCACAGUCAGCUCCAAUCCAGCACUCGUUUCUUACAGAUGUAUCAGAUGUUCAAGAGAUGGAGAAAGGGCUUCUGAAUCUUCUGAAUGACUUCCACUCUGGCAAACUUCAAGCAUUUGGAAAUGAAUGUUCUAUUGAGCAAAUGGAGCAUGUGCGAGGGAUGCAGGAGAAGCUGGCACGUCUGAAUUUGGAGCUUUAUGGAGAGUUGGAAGAACUCCCUGAAGACAAGAGAAAAGUAGCCAGUGAUUCCAACCUGGAUAGAUUGCUGUCAGAUCUGGAAGAACUGAAUUCUUCAAUACAAAAACUUCAUUUAGCAGAUGCUCAAGGUGUUUCAAAUACCAGCACAAGCUAAAACUGCAGUUCCCAGAUGUCAUCUUUAUUUGCAGUGCACUCUUUCUGUAUCUCCUGCAGCAAAUGCAAGUGAAUCUGUUCAUACAUUCUCCUUGGCCGAUGUGAGUGCUGCAACUGUGCCAGGCUUGGAGUACAGGGUAUUAAAUUGCCAUGUCUUGCUGCUAUGCUUUGUAUUAUUGCCUUAUCCGACACAGAAUGUUGGGAAAACUUGAAAGUGCAUUUGUAUGCUCAGUGUUCAAAUCAGUUGGAAUUUCAUAUAAAAUUUAAGUUCUAAUCACACAGACAGCUUGGUUAAGUUAGUAAUAGAUAUAGCUGUCUGUUUCACACAGUGCAGGAAAAUAAACAUACAGCUUAGUGUGGGGGUUUUUGGACAGUGAUAUUGUCCGUUUAACGAAUGUUUAAUUUAUUUUGGCAAUAAAAAUAUUUUAAAGA